AUGUGGCAUGAGUCCUUUGAAAUAUUUGACUGUUUUCACCUGAAAAGUAUAAUUGAGAAAAGUAGCAAAAAGGAGGUAGUCCGCGAUAAAAAUGGUAUUCGAGGAUUGGAAUCUUGGCCACCAAGGGUGCCACAUGAAGCGCUGUCGAGUCGACUACGGCUCCAGUUAGGCCGCAACAAGGGCUGA